AUGAGGAAGUUCAUGCGCACGCGCGCGCCCAGCGCCGCGCCGCACAAGGCCAACGGGAUCUCGAACUACAGCACGCCCUUCACUGUUGCAGACGGCGCGGGCCCGCGGCGCGACGACCACUCCACGCUGACCAGGUACUGGAGCGAGUCUGAGGAAUGCGGAGAGACGGACAAGGGCGCGCCGGGCCUGGGCCUACCGGUGGGCCUGGGAUUGCCGGGCCUGGGCCUGGCGCCCGACCUGCCGCUGUGGGAGGACCCCGAGUUCCCCGCCGCGCCCAGCAGCCUGGCGGACCGCCGCCUUGCACACCGCACGCACUGGCUGAGGCCGCACGAAAUAUGUUCCCGGCCUCGGUUUCUCGGUGACACCGCCGUGGAUGCAGAACUGUCCACCGAGGACAUGGAGCCCGAGGCCGACGAGCAGUUCGCGGCCAGGUGGAGCGUGUCGGCGGGCGAGGCGGGCGACCCGCACGUGUGCUGCGCGGCCGCCGCGCUGGCGCUCACGCCGCGGCUGCUGGCGCGCGUGGCGCCGCCGCAGAGCUUCCGCACGCGCUACAGCGGCCUCUUCCGCUUCAGGUUCUGGGUGUUCGGCACGUGGCGCGAGGUGGCGGUGGACGACCGGCUGCCGGCGCGCGGCGGCCGCCUGCUGGCCAGCCGCGCCGCGCUGCCGGACGACUUCACGCUGCCUCUGCUAGAAAAGGCCUACGCUAAGCUGCACGGGUCAUACGGCGCGCUGCGCGCGGGCAGCGCGGCGCGCGCGCUGCAGGAGCUGUCGGGCGGCGUGGUGCAGAGCUUCGCGCCGCCGCGCCAGCCGCGCGCGCUGCUGCUGCAGGUGCUGCACUCCGCCGUGCCGCGCUCCACGCUGCUGGUGGGAUCCGGGCGGCGGCUGCGGAACGGCCUGAUCCCGGGUCAGGCCUACUGCGUGACGGGGCUGGCGCGCGUGCGCGAGCCGGCGGGCGAGGACGAGGAGCACGGCGGCACGCUCGUGCGCGUGCGCGCGCCGUCCGGCCGCGGCGAGUGGGCGGGCGCCUGGGCGCGCGGCGGCCCGCAGUGGCGCGCGCUGGCCGAGGCCGACCGCGAGCUGCUGGCGCGCCGCGCCGCCGAGCCCGGGCACUUCUGGAUGACGUUCUCGGAUUUCGCGCGCUCGUUCGCGCGACUCGAGCUAGUGCACGUGGGGCCGGACGACUGGCUGAGCGAGCCGGCCCUGCACGGAAAGCGGCCGUGGCGCGCGGUGCUGGCGCGCCGGCGCUGGCGCUGCGGGUACAACGCGGGCGGCCCGCCGCGCUGCCGCGCCACCGCGCACGCCAACCCGCAGUUCCACGUGCAGGUGCCGCGCUCGGACGCCGGCAAGUGCCACGUGGUGGUGUCGGUGACGCAGCAGUACGCCGUGGGCGCGGGCCGGCGCGAGCGCCUGCACGGCAUCGGGUUCGCCGUGUACGAGCUGCCGCCGGGCGCCGCGCCGCACCGCGCCGCGCUGGCCGCCGCCGCGCUGCCCGCCCUGCGCGCGCUGGACGUGACGCACGAGUCGCGCGCCCGCGAGGUGGUGACGUUCUUCACGCUGCCGGCCGGCCAGUACCUGGUGAUGCCGCACACGCACCGCCCGCACGUCGAGGCCGCCUUCCUGCUGCGCAUCCUCACGGACGACCACACCGACGUCUGGGAGGUGAACGACGACAACGUGAUCAUCCGAGACAUCGCGGCCGAGUUCAUGGACGAGGGCCGCUCCCUACCGCCGGAGCUGCAGGUCGCCAUUGCGAAGACGGUCGGAAAACUGGAAAACGAGGAGGUAAAAUUAUAUAAAAAAUGCGCGGUGUGGUGCCCGCAGGUGGACGCGGCGGCGCUGCUGGCGCUGCUGCGGCGCGUGUGGCGGCGCGUGCUGCCGGCGCGGCCGUCGCUGGAGCUGAGCCGCGCGCUGGUGGCGCUGCGCGACCCGGCGCUGCGCGGGCGGCUGGCGGCGCGCGAGCUGCCGGCGCUGCUGGCGCGCCUGGCGCUGUGGCGCGCCGCGCUGGCGCCGCCCGGCCGCUGCGGCGCGCGCCUGCCCGCCCUCCGCCUGCGCGCGCUGCUGUGGGCGUGCGGCGUCAGCGCCUCCAACAAGGUGCUGGAGUGCCUGGUGCUGCGCUUCGCGCGCGGCGCGCAGCUGGCGCCCGCCGCCUGCGUCACGGCGCUGGCGCGGCUGCACCUGGCGCACGAGAGGUACCGCGCCCUCGACGCGAAGCUGAAGUCCAAUCCUCUCUCGCUGGAGGAGAUGAUCCUGAUGACGAUCUACUCGUGAGCCGUCUCGUCGUGGUUAGUCGCAGUCAGUCGCGGUCGACCGCGCUCGGCUGCAGUCAAUCGCAGGCAUCCGCGGGCGCUGUAGCACCGCGACGCUUGACACGAAACGUUGCCAGUUCCUGAAAACGAGUAGCCGAUCGAUCUUUAUAACCAGACAUUUGGAUAAAAAAGCUGAAUACCUUUAACCAGUCUGUUAUACUGCUAUUAGUACUGAUAAUUUGUUACUUAUAUCGCAAUGUGCCAAGAAAAACGAAACUAUGCAAAUUAAAAUCAAAAUAAAUUAGUAAAAUAACACUACGGGAAAUUUGACCGUCCCCGAGGCUUUUUAAGGUGCGCUAAUUGGGUCGAACAGUCAAAACCUCAUCUAAGUGUGUACUUAACUUUAUAUGCACGUUUUGUAACCGUAGACCUAACUGAAAGUAACGAACGCCAAACAGUUGUAACGUGUCCUCGUAAUAUUAAUCUUAUAGCUACCUACGUUUAGGUUGAUAAAUAAUACACUUGAUUGUGCCCGGGUCCUUCCGCGAGUCUCAGUGGAACGCCCCCUUAAUUCAGAGUCUAUUUAUGAAAGUCGUCGUUGAAACGAGUAUUAAAUACGUGAAGCUAUUUAUUAUUUAUUGUACUGUUAGUAUGAGCAGCGACCAAAGAUUCAAGUGCCGUCCGCUCGGUACGUGCUUCUAGUACAAAUCAGUUUGUAAUAUUUAUAAUGUUAUAUUGAACUAUUUAUAUUGCAAAAGCGAUUGAUAAAAAUUUAAUUUUAUUUAAAGCGGAAUCUUCCUCUACUCGAAUUGUUUUCUCCUAGUUUAUAUUGAAGAUAUUUUAUUGUUUUUUGUUAAAAAUAUCUUAAGGUGCAAUUUAUACCAACGUUAUAAAUGUGGUGCUAAGUCCAAAAGACGUCCAUAUUCAUAUUAUUGUUUAAGUCAAAAUAAGUCUCGCAAUGAAAACCCUAGAUACGUUGAGAAAAUAGACGUAAGUAGAAAGACGUAGUAAUAAUUUAUUGUUGCGUGAAUUGUGAUAAAAUAGCUCUAUUUACCAAAUAUAGUGCAGUUUAAAAUAAUGCAUGUACCUAUAUUUUAAACGCGAACACGUUAAUAAAAUCUAUGAAAAAACCA